GAGAGCGGGGGGGGGGGGGGAGGGAUAGCAGAAGGCAGGUCCCCGAAAGCAGGUCCCUGCUUGGCUUCCCUAGCACGGAGUUGAGGCUGCAGCCCGCUGCCUGGAGAGAGGGGCGGGUACGGAGGCAAGGCUGCGAGAGUACUGCUCUGACGCACCAGCAUCCUCUCCAUCAGGAGAGGCACCCACACGCUCCAGGGUCGCCCAGCUUCCCCGCCCCCCCACCUCCCCGACCUGGGAGAUGCUCGGCUCUGGGCGACCAGACUGCUGUCUCUGCCGAGGUGAAAAGCCUGGGCAUGUGACAGCUUAGGCGGGCCCCGGCUGCGAGACGCAGCCCAGCGCCCUCCUCUCCGCCGCGCCGUCUCCCACGGAUGCUCGCCGGCAGAAGGUUGGGGCCAGUUUCAUAGGCAAUCCCCAGAAGCCCUAGCCCCAGCCAGAGGCUGCAAACAUCCGAAGUGGCUCUGGACGCAGUGGCCACCGUCCGUCUUCCUGAACUCCCCUCCUGCACACACCCUGGGCCGGCCUCCUGACCCAGAGAUGGAUUCGCCUGUGAACCUAACCUACUUUUCCCUCUCCACCCCCGCCCCUUUGGAGACCAACCGCAGCGGCCUCGGCGCGGAAGACUCGCGCCCCAGCCCCCUCCUCUCCGUCUUCGGUGUGCUUAUCCUGACCUUUCUGGGCUUUCUGGUGGCCGCCACGUUCUCCUGGAACCUGCUGGUGCUGGCGACCAUUCUCCGUGUGCGCACCUUCCACCGGGUUCCGCACAACUUAGUGGCGUCCAUGGCCAUCUCGGAUGUGCUGGUGGCCGCUCUGGUCAUGCCCCUGAGCCUGGUGCACGAGCUGUCCGGGCGCCGCUGGCAGCUGGGCCGGCGACUGUGCCAGCUGUGGAUCGCGUGCGACGUGCUCUGCUGCACGGCCAGCAUCUGGAACGUGACGGCCAUCGCGCUGGACCGCUACUGGUCCAUCACCCGCCACCUGCAAUACACACUGCGCACCCGCAAGCGCGUCUCCAACGUUAUGAUAGUGCUCACCUGGGCGCUCUCCGCCGUGAUCUCCCUGGCCCCGCUGCUCUUCGGCUGGGGGGAGACCUACUCUGAGGACAACGAGGAGUGCCAGGUGAGCCGUGAGCCGUCCUACACCGUGUUCUCCACCGUGGGCGCCUUCUACCUGCCCCUCUGCGUCGUGCUCUUCGUGUACUGGAAGAUCUACAAGGCGGCCAGGUUCCGCGUGGGCUCCAGGACCAACAGUGUCUCACCCAUAUCGGAGGCUGUGGAGGCGAAGACCUCUGCUCAGCAGCCUCAGAUGGUGUUCACAGUCCGCCACACCACCGUCACCUUCCAGACAGAAGGGGACACGUGGAGGGAGCAGAAAGAGCAGAAGGCCGCCCUGAUGGUGGGCAUCCUCAUUGGGGUGUUUGCGCUCUGCUGGAUCCCUUUCUUCACCACGGAGCUCAUCAGCCCCCUGUGUUCCUGCGACAUCCCCACCAUCUGGAAGAGCAUCUUCCUUUGGCUUGGCUACUCCAACUCCUUCUUUAACCCCCUGAUCUAUACAGCUUUCAACAAAAACUACAACAGCGCCUUCAAGAACUUCUUUUCUAAGCAACACUGAGCACGAGGCCUGGGGAUAGGAAGGAGCUGUCCUGUAACUCAAUCAAAUUUCCAAUUCUACCUACUUCCCCAUAAAUACCCAGCACCACACGGAAGAGGCAAGUCCUCGGAGUUCUCCGGGGUCGUCUUCAGAACUAGCCCUCCCUUCCACACUCCAAGGCAGGAAUGUGGGUCUUCCCAGACAGUUUUGGUGACCUUAUUAAUCUAACUUACCUGUUCUUGCUCCCCCUGCACCUACCGGCCACGGACUUUGCCCACAAAGUGCCCUUUCCUCCCCCAAAUCCACUCCAGCAUGGUCAUCGUCCUUGCCCCAGAGAAGUCAGACAUAGCAGAUGAGAGGCAGGAAAUAAAGCAACAUGUACAGAUUGAGAAUGGGUGGAUGAUGAUGAAUUAGAAGUCAUACUGCGAUAUCCGAGGGGUAGGAAACCAUAAUUCCAAGUUUUGUGGAAUAGUCCUUAUUUCGAACGUUCCAUUCUGUGGUCCUGGUAAAUAUACCCUAGUACUUACUGUGUAUGUCCCAGUGUUUGGCCAUAAAAUAUGGUCUCUGAACCUAUUAAAGCACAUGGCCACAGCUGUAAGACCAGUGAAUACUGGCUUUAAGGCUUUGUUUGUGGCAACCACAUGUGUGUGUGUGUGCAAGUGCACACACGCACACACACACACACACACACACACACAGAACUCUGGAGGAGGUGAAUGUUCCAAAGGCCAGUUUAUUCUAAAAUCCAACCCGUCAAGUGGGAACAGGAGCUAAAAGUCAAACCAAAUAUCUCCCACCAUUCUGAGGCAACUGUGCACAAACCAUAGAAAAAUAGACUAGUUUUGUAAACUUGCUUAUUUUCUAUGGAGUUUCUUUGUAUAGAAUUUAUUCAAAUGUUGCAGGACAAAGACCUUUAUCCUUGGAUCAUGAGGUUAGAGGAAAACAGGUGUCAUGAAGCUGGCGGCUUCUUUUAGUCUCAUAACCAAGGACUGUGAAGGUAUAUUUACCGAACACGUACACUUUAAAGGGACAGUUGGUUAAUUUGCUAUUUUUUACUGAUGUGUGAAUGCCCAUUUUGAGGCCAACACUACUAAUAACUAAUGAGAAAAGCAGAAAUAUGGUAAAAUGUGGCCUCGGUCCUCUGCAGGUUGACACCUCUAUAUAAGUGAGUCAAGGCAUUUAAGUGAUGGUGUGGUGUUUAUAUGAUCAUAUAAAACCUAGGCCAUUAUACAAAACUUUAAAAAGAUCUUGGGCAAUAAAAGUGCCUGUGGUCCACUAUGUCCCUGGUUCUUUCAAUGCAUGAAUUCAAAAACUAUAUCUCAUAAUAAUCUUUGAUUAUUAUCAUAAAUAUAUAUGUAUUCUUUUGUAUAUAAUAAAUUAUAUCAAGAAUAGGAAAUCUGUGUGAAUUUGCAGUCUUGGUUGGAAGUUUAGUCUUGCGUUUACUGCCAAGAUUCUUUACUCAAAGAAUGUGAGCAGAUGAGGAAAUGUUGCACAGCUUCUGUGGGUCAUGGCUGAUGAUGCUAAGCGCAGACCUCUUAUCUAUGCAUUGAAGCAAGUUCAUGGAAGAAUUUGCUUGGAAACAUUCUUAGGUUUUUCUGCCUUCUGUUUAUAUAACUUGAAGUGCCAAACCUACAAAUAUUUUAAUUUCUUUUUAGUUUUUUUUUUUUUUGAGAGAGAGAGAGAGAGAGACAGAGGGAGAGGAAGGAGCAGAGAGAGAGAGAGAGAGAGAGAGAAUCCCAAGCAGGUUCCAUGCUGUCAGCACAGAGCCUGGUGUGGGGCUCAAACCCAUGAACUGUGAGCUCUUGAACUGAAACCAAGAGUCAGAUGCUUAAGUGACCAAGCCACCCAGGCACCCAACCCACAGAUAUUUUACAAUACGGAUUGUUCACUUCAGUUACCUUCCCCACUAUUACUUGGAACCAGAGAGACCACCAAAUGCUAUUAGAUUCUAGUGUCAUAAUAAAGGACGAGCUUCUAAAAUUUCAUCAAUACCUCGUAGCAGAGAAGGCUACGCUCAGACAAGGGGAGCCCAGAGAUGGGACAUCACAACCAAGGGAAGGGGAGCCCGGGUGGCUCAGUCAGUUGAGCGUCCGACUUCGGCUCAGGUCAUGAUCUCACAGUUCAUGAGUUCGAGCCCCGCGUCAGGCUCUGCACUGACCGCUCACAGCCUGGAACCUGCUUCAGAUUCCGUGUCUCCCUCUCUCUCUCUGCCCCUCCCCCACUCGUGCUCAGUCUCUCUCUCUCUCUCUCUCUCGCUCAAAUAAACAUUAAAUA